AUGCCGCUCUCGCGCACCGCGUCGUCGCACAUGCUCAACAUGACGCACAACUUCUCGAAGACGUCCAUGCCGUGGGGCCCGCGGCGGUCGAUCCUCGCCGGCGGCAGCGGCAUCUUCUUCUUCCUUCCCGGCGUGUUCGCGACCGGCGCGAUGAAGGGGUGGAUAUACCUCGCGUUCUGGAUACAGGGCGUGGUGUCGUUCAUGUCAGACUACUGGACGUGCGGGAUGGACUCCGCGUGGCACGGCGCGGACCGAUGGAUGGCGACGAUCAUGACGCUCGGGAUGAUGUGGUUCGCGCACGACCGCCUGUCGUUCUGGCACGCCGCGCUCGCGCUCCCGCCGCUGUUCUGUCUGUAUCUCUCCAAGCGCGCGGUCCUCGCUGCCGACUGGGGAAAAUUCGUGCUCUGGCACACGCUCUGGCACGUCGGCGGCGUCUCCGGCGCGUCGUACAUCAUGUGGCUCAUGUACGACCAGCCCGCGCUGGGGGACGUCGUGGGGAACAUCGCGUCCGUGGUCGUGGACGUCGUGGGCGCCGUGGGGGAGAACGCGAGCGCGGCGAUGACCUGGGCCGGAGGCGGGUCGGAGUUGUGA